AUGGAUCUCAGAGCCCUGGCCCUCCCCUACCCUGUGACUUCUAAGCCCUGGCCCUGCCCUACCCUGCAGGGAGAGAUGAACGAAAUACGAAAAUUAUGUACUGUGAUAACAGGACAAUCGUCGACAUUAACCAAUGAUGAUUAUAUUCAACAUUUAGAUUUAAUUUGGUCACUAUUUAAUUCAGUUACUCCUCUACAUAUUCUUCCAUCAUUAGCAUUAAUUGGACAAUCAAUAUCUUAUUUAUCCUUAGAACAAAUAGAUUUAAUAAUAAAACAUCGAAUAUUUAUAUGUUUAAGACAAUGGUGUGAACGUUUAUUGAAUAUUUGGUUGAUUAACGGGACAUUUAAUGCCGAUGAACAACGUGCUCUAUUCUAUACCUAUCAGGUGUUUAAAUUAUUAACGGAAUGGUUGCAAUCAAAAAAUAGUUUAUAUUCAUCUUUCAAUACAAAUGAAAUUGAGACGAUUAAUGAAUUGUUUCUCGAUGAUAAUUUUUUAUCAACAUUAAAUAGAAUAAUUAAUCAGUUAUGUACAAUAAAUAGUGAAGACACGAUAUCUCAACAAGUGGAAGAUGAAAAAGUUCAAGAACGGAUUGCCAUGAAAUUGUAUGAUAAUAAUCAGCAAACAAUUGAUAAUCGUUCAAAUACCGGACAUUGUAAUGGAAUAAAUCGAAUAUCGAAUGAUAUAGAUCACAAAGAAAUUCAGUCUAUCUCGAUUUCAGCUGAUGAUAUUGAAUUGAAAAGUGUCGAUAAAAAAGUUUCAAAAACCGUAUUAUCCUUAUCAUCACCUAUUGAUAAUCAACGACCAAUAAAUGGUGAUGAUACAUUAGAUCUAUUAUUUCGUGGUGCAAGUAUUUUUGUCACAUUGUACACACAUUUAUUACAAAAUGAUAAUAAUAAUAAUAAUUUACAUUUAAUAACUGAUGCUAUUCUAAAUUGUUUAACAUCAUCAAUAUUUUUACAAUGUGGUUUAAAUUUAAUUAGAAAUAAUUUAGGUGAAAAUAGUGGUACAACAUUGUUCUACUCUUCAACUGUUAAUGAUUAUGAUCGUUAUGGAUCAUUGUUAUCACGUACAAAUAAAACAUCAAUUUUUACAGUAAAAAUUCAAUUUGUUAUUUAUUCAUGUAUUGAUUAUAUUCUAAUGUCAACAAUUGAUUUAAAAUAUUUUUCAAAAAUUCUUCAAAAUAUUCAUAUAAUUUUAAAAGAAUUAUUUAAUACAGUUGAUUCACUAGCUAUAGGUAGUAAAAAUGAUUAUUGGCAUUCUAUAAUGGAUCGUUUAUCUGAAAAUCUUGUUUGUUUACUUGACUGGUGUAUACAACAACAUGCAAUGUUUAAUCUUGAUUUAAUUAUACAUGAAAAUAUUUGUUCAAUAUUAUUAAUUCCAUUUGAACAAUCAUUAAUGACAACAAAUUAUAAAUAUGAACAACAACAAAAAUCAACAUUUUAUUAUAAUCAAACAGUAUUAUCAUAUAUUAUUAAUUUAUUUAAUAUAAUUAGUGUACAAAAUAUAGGCAAACGACAUUUAAGACGAUUAGGUUUAGUUAAAACAAUUUUAAAUGUUCAUAAACAAAUAGGUCCAACAAGUAUGACAUAUGAUAUAAUGAAUUUAUUUUCAAAAUUACUUUCUGAUCAAGAUUUACAUCGAGAAAAUAUUGUUAAACGUGUAAUACGAAUGAUAAAUAUAAAAUUAUUAUAUAUAUUUCAAGAUUUUUUACAUAGUUUAGCAACAACAGAUGAAAUACGUCAAAAUAUUCCAGUUGUUAGAGAUACAGCAUUUGAAUUAAUCGAUCAUAAUUUUACAACACUUUAUGAUCUUAUACCAAAAUUUAAAAAUAUCACAGACUAUUUACAAAUAGUAAAACGUUUUCUUUUACAUACACCUAUGAUCAUUGAAAUGGGAAAAAUGAAUUCAUUAAUUAGUAUUGUUAUUGAUACAAUAUUGAUAUUGUAUGAAUUAGAACCUUAUUCUUCAAAAAUUGAAAAAUUAUUAAAUACGGUAACAAUUGAAAUUAUACGUGAAACAUAUAAAAAUAUUGUCGAUUUUCUGUGGACAUUAUCAUUUACAAUAAAUAGUCAUGAUUUAAUUAGAAAAAGACUAGAAUUCAUUCGUCUACUUCAACUUCAAAACGAGCAAUCAUUAUCACCUAUAAAUAUAUAUUUUGAUGGUAUAUUGUGGAAUUUGAAUAAUGGUAAUCAGAAUGAGCCCAUGAUAGAUGGACAAUCAGAGUAUAAUACUAAUACAUCAGACACAAAUUUGAUUAUGAAUGUGAGUGGUCAGACAAUGGAUACAAAUAUUCGAAUACGUGAUCGUUUAAUACAAGAAAAUUAUAACGUUGAAAUUAUCACGUCAAAAUGUUCUAAUAUUAUUUCAUUUCAAAAUAUAGUCAAUUCUAUUGAUAAAAGUAAUUUGACAAUAAUAUGUGCUAAUAAUGAAAUGAAAAUUGAUAAUUUAUCUCGUUUCUGUGUGAUGUUAAGUCGUUAUUUAAAUAAACCAUUGAUAACAAUUGUUGUUGAAAAUGAUUUUGAUAUUGAGGAUAGCUGGUUAUUAAACACAAUUAACGAAACAAAAAUAACAGCUAAUUUUUCUAAUCAUUUUGAUUUUUCAAAUGAAUUAUUAGUAACUGAAAUAAAUCAGAUAUUAACAGCAAAUAAAACGAAAACACAAAAAAUUAUAACAUUACCAGAUAUUAUUCGAGAUAAACAUCGUCAUAUAACUAUUAAACGACGUUUUACACGAAAAGUAAUUUCAAGACCAGCAUCCGCCUCAGCUCUUCAUAAAACAUUACCAAUAGUGGCAUUUUCAGAUCAUAAAUCAUCCACAAUUAGAGAACGACGACAAGAUAUUCGUUCGUUAUCGGUUAAUUCAGAUACAUAUGAAAUUCAAACAAGUAAUAAUAAAAUUAAUAAUAAAUCAAUAAAGCGAGCAGCUUAUGGUCAACAUCAAACAAUAUCACAAAAUUCCGUUGCAUGUGUAACACAAAAUUAUAUGCUUAGACCUCUAUCUCAAUGGACAGAAUACGAUGUUAUUGAUUGGUGUGAAGCAAAUUCAUUUCAUUGUUUAGAACCAUUGAUCAUACGUUUAAAUGGACAAGCACUCAUUAAUUUAAGUGAAAUAUUGAAUAUUGAACCAGCAGCCAUGUAUCAUAGUUUAAAUGAAGAACUUUUGACGAGAACAGGAGAGAACUUGCCUAUUACAGAGUAUGUUUCAUUGCGGAGCGAGUUACAAAAACUAUUAGCAAAAAGAAUAGUGCGAAAAAAACGUUCAGCAGGAAAAUUUUGUGUCAUUUUAUAG